UGAUUUUCCACUUUUUGGCCUUGUCACGUCUGGGUCUGAAGGAGCACUAUCAAUGGCUUGGUACUCGUCCAAACAACAAAAAAUAAAUCUAAUGGAACGAAAUAUACGGUCGUAUAACAUCUCAGACCCACUCCAAGCCUACGAGUUUUCUGUGACGUGCGGCGCAAGUUCAAUAAGCGAAGCAAAAUUGAUGCAUUUGCACACUGGUCUAAUUUGGCUCAGCCAAAAGAAUCGUAGUGCAUCUCAAAGCAAUGUCUAUAGGCUCAUAUAUCAUUACUGGUGAAUUUGUGCGUCCUCUUGUAUGUAUUGAUAUGUCUAAACACACAUGCAU